GAUACUGGCCGUCAAAAAGCUACGCAUUUGAUUAAGACCUUUUCUUUUCUGCCCAUCUUUCAAAUAUACCGCGCAAACCCCACCAUUAUGGACUAUAUGAAAACUCGUCCGAAAAAGGCAUUUGAACGAAUUAAAAGUAACCUGACUCUGCACGAGCUAUCGGGUAGUUUAGGUGACCUGGGAACAUUGCUGCCUAUCAUGGUUUCCCUAGCAAUCGCUGGUCAGAUCAACCUGACCAGCACUUUGUGGUUCGGAGGUCUUUGGAAUAUCGCCUCCGGUCUUGGAUUUCACGUCCCUAUGUGUGUUCAGCCAAUGAAAGCCAUUGCUGCUACUGUAUUAUCGAGCAAUUUGACCAUUGAAGAAAAUAUGUCUGCUGGUUUGGGUGUCGCCGCCAUUAUUUUUUUUCUAGGUGCUACACGUACUAUUCAUCUCGUUGGAUCAUAUACCCCGGUUGCUGUGGUGCGAGGCAUUCAAUUCGGUGCCGCUGCAUCGUUGAUGAAAAAAGCCUACGAUCUUGUGAAAACGUUGGAAUGGACGAUCACUGCGGAUAACUGGUCUGAUAAUAACACAUGGGUGCUGUUGUCAUUCAUUUUUGUUAUCAUCUGCUAUCGUACGCGCAUACCCAGUGCUUUGAUCUUAUUUAUCAUCGGCUUGAUCUUUGCGUUGAUUCGCAUGUUUGGCACUGAGCGUGAUACUCUUGGCUUGCCCUGGCCUGUUGCUGCUGGUCAUUACCCUGAUACAAUCAUCGGACCGACCCCGGAAGAAUUCCGUAAUGGUUUCGCCACUGCUGGUCUUGGUCAAAUUCCACUUACUGCUCUCAACUCGGUUAUUGCUUUGAGUGCUCUUAUUGACGAUUUGUUCCCUGACCAUCACGCUGAUACGGCUAAGAUUUCAAUGAGUGUCGGUGCGAUGAACCUGAUCGGUUGUUGGUUUGGCUCUAUGCCUUUUUGCCAUGGAUCCGGUGGAUUGGCUGGCCAAUAUCGUUUCGGUGCACGCUCAGAGGUUUCUAUCAUUAUCCUUGGCCUGUGCAAGCUUAUUCUGGGUAUCAUUUUUGGAAGUUCUCUCGUCGGUCUUCUCCAAGUGUUUCCAAACUCAAUUUUGGGUGUCUUGCUUUUCAUCUCGGGUGUCGAACUUGCUUCGGCAGCACGUGCAUUGAACAAUGGUGUGUACGACGAAGUCAAACAGAAGGAAAAUUGGACUGUGAUGUUGGUGACUCUAGGUGUAAUCAUCGCGUACGGAAACGAUGGUAUUGGAUUUCUAUCUGGACUUGUCGCUGCCCUUAUUCUGUCCGUUCAGAGACUCGGUAUUCGCGAAUGGUUCGGAGCUCUUGUUCGGAAUAUCAAGGAAAUGCCAACCAUAUGGAGACAUCAGGAUGCCUUUCAGUAUAAGCCUCAAAACGUUGAAAAUAAGGCACAUGAGGAAUCGAUAGAAUCAGAUCGUCAGCCUAAUGAGACUUACAGCCACCCUACUUUGCCAAAGCCGGUGACGAGUAAUACAACUUCUUAAUGAUUUACCAUAUACUAGUUCCUAUAGUUAAUUCUAUGCUACUCAUUAUCCUUCGGCAUCUCUUUUAAAUGGAGCUCAUCUAUCUGUAUUCAUAUUUUUUUACUUUUGCUACAUACUGCUACUGUUACUGUAAUACUAUAAUACAUCAUAUCUUGCUAUUUCCG